UUAAUAAUAAAUGCUACUGUUUUACGGUCUCUUUUUUUAAAUGUAAAUAGAAAUAUAGCUGCUACCAACACUUGGUAACCAAAAACCUAUAAAGUGUCAUAACUAAGCCAUAAAUAAAGUUAUAAAAGUAAAAUUUGGAAUAAAGGAUCGCACUAGGAAGGAGCACAUUUGGAUGUAAUUUUUUUGGGGAAGUGGGCGUGGCCCCGCCCCCAAAUCGGUUAUUUGUAUAUAUCUCUCAAACCAAUGAAGCUAUAUAAACCAAACUUUCUAACGAAAAACGCCAGAAACACACAUAUAAUAGCAAAAGGAAGUUGCACUCAGAUUUUUUUACAAAAUGAAAAAUGGGUGUGGCAUCGCUCACUUAUGGGUCAAAAACCAUAUCUCAGGAACUAAUCGACAGAUUUCAAUGAAAUUCGGUAUAUAAUAUUUUCUUGACACCCUGAUAACACGGAUAAAAAAUGGGCGAAAUCGGUUCACAACCACGACUACUUUCCUUAUAACUCAAUUUUGAAUUCCAUCUGAUUCCUUCACUUUAUAAUGUAUACAUAAGUAACCAAUGAAGAUAGCGGAAUAAAACUUUACACAAAUAGUGCAUAUCAUCUCUGGCUUCACUUGUGAGAAAAUUGUCGAAAACGGACUAUAACAUUUCAAGGCUUCAGAUAUCGAACAUGUUGAAGGGUAAAUGAGGGUAAAUUUUAAUAAUUUUAAUUUUAAUUUCUUCUAAUAGUGUGUCUCUGUUCAAAAAUUAUAAAAUCGGGUCAUAGCAUCUCUUAUCUCCCAUAUACCUAAUUAUAAGUUUUUCAAAAAUAGCAUCUCCUAGCUCCCAUAUACCUAAUUAUAUGUUUCUUAAAAAUACGGUGGGCUUUAUUCCGCAUAUAUGUAUAUAUUGGUUAAUAUGUAUGAUAUCUUAGCAAAAUUAAGUGAGCGUAUAGCCCUGGAUAUAGUGUACCUUGCUGGUGAAAAUGAGUGAAAUCGGUUCAGGAAUUAACUCAGCCGUCAUAUACUAUACAUGCUGAUUUUCGUUAUUCUAUUAAGCUUUAUGCCGAAUUUAUGGGUAUAUUUGUGUGUUAUGUAAAUACAAUUUAUUUGAUAAAUUGCUUGAACUAAGCCUUUCCUUACUUGUUUAAAAUAUAUUUAUUAUCUUGAACAAUAUGAAGCCACUGGAAUGCUUACAUAAAUAUUUGUUGCGAUUUGUCAGUUGGAGCUCAAAACAUUGUCCCAAAGUAGUCUUGUGCAUCCAAACAAUAGAAGCCAGAGCGCUCCCUAAAGUAAAUGAUUCACCAUCCAACAAGCAGGCUGCCGAUGUGAUUAAAGUUGUGUCUGGUACUAAGGUUAAACGUUUUGAACGAAUGACUGUUCCACUGGGUGGACAAUUCACGCAAUAUCCAAUGUAUGUGGGUUAUAAUUAUGGCGGUGUAGUACCUCAUUGGCAAGCAUUUGCGAAAAUUGUAGGAGAAGGAGAGUCCGUCAUAAACGGAGUUGUUACCUUUCAACAAAUGCCCUAUAACGGCGACAUCAGAGUGACCAUUAAUAUAACUGGACUACCAGUAGGAAAACAUGCUAUUCACAUACACACAUACGGAGAUAUACGUGAGGGUUGCAAAUCAACUGGUGGGCAAUUCCCUAACAAUUUCAUUGGCAACGUAGACACCAAAGAAGAUGGGAGUAUCUCGUCAGUCUUUCGUAGUCCGUAUCUAAAUUUAUUUGGUUUUAACGGAAUUGUAGGGCGUGCAAUUGUUAUUCAUGAAAAGCCCAUCGACAUAAAUAUUGCACUCAAUGCUGAAGUGUUUUCUAGUUCACUUCAAUCAAUGUCCGAUGCAUUGGCCUAUCAAAAUGAAGAAAACUCUGUGGGGCCGGCUAUUGCAUGUGGCGUCAUCAGUAUAACAAGCUCAGCGUCGACUACCAUUUUAACGCAGAAAUAAAGAAAAUAUAAAAUAAGUCAGUGUUUAAUUGUUAAAAAUAUUUUUGGUGCAUAAUAGGUGCAAAAAAUGUUUUUUCAUCAAUAUUUUCCAUUACAAUUUGUGCGUUAAUUUGAUAAGUUAAUAAUAUUAUAAAACUAUUUAUACAAUUUUUUAAUCUUCGUCGAAAUUACAAAUAAUAUAAAUA